CACUGAGGCGGCCUCCUUUUUUUUUCUCUCUCCUUUUAAGCUGUCAUUUGCAAUUGCUAAUUGGACACAGACUUUGCAUAGGCAAACAUUGACUUGCAGGAAAUACAUCGUUUGGGCUUUCUGAGAAGUAAGGGGAAAGUCCGAAGCAUUCGAAUAAGCAGACGGGGAAAGAACAUCUUGCUGCAGCUGCAGAGUAUUUCUGUCAGUUUUGGCUGGCUUGCCAGAUGAGGUAUUUGUACGUUUCUUGUGCACAUAUAAAUUAUCAAAAGUUUUUGAAAACUACAUUGUUUGUGUUCAGACUGUCAAAGCGGAAAGCUUUGGGAAGAAUGUGAAUCCUUUGCUGAUGAGGGGAGACUCCCAAGAAAAUGCCAACAGGGUUUUAUGGCUUUUGAGCAGGAAGUAACCACCACAUUUUGUCACUCAUGGUUCAACAGCUCCUUUCAGCACACUUUUAUGGAGUUUGUGAGAAACAGCAGUGGCUAUUGCCCAGCACAACAUAGCAUCUUUGCAGACAAGUAAAUCUGUGCAAGAACCUGAAGACCACCACUUUGGAUUAACCAUCAAAAGUCUUUUUUGACAAGAUUAGGAGAGAUAACAAACUUGGCCUUUUCACUAUCUCCAGUUGCAUUCUUACUGCCUUGAAAUGCAUCUCCAAAUGGGGUGACUGGACUGCUGAAUGUCAAAUUCUUCAUGUUUUGAAGGAGAGUGCAAAGCAACAGGUGAAAAAAGGGGGACUGAUUUGAAAAGGUUCAAAGAAGAAUAUUUCUUUCUCUUGCUGCAAUAAGAAAUCUACAAUCCUAUGAAGACAUUGCGCAUGUAUUAAUUUGGAGAAAUUGGGAUCAUUUGCUGACCUUGUACUAAUAUACUCCUGUGCCACUGGUUCCGGCCCCAUGGCUCGUAUGAAUCGUCCUGCGCCAGUGGAAGUUAGUUACAAACAUAUGAGGUUUCUCAUUACCCACAAUCCUACAAAUGCCACACUGAGCGCAUUUAUAGAGGAGCUGCAAAAGUAUGGUGUGACCACUCUUGUGAGAGUAUGUGACGCUACAUAUGACAAGAGUCCCGUGGAGAAUGAAGGUAUUGAAGUAAUCGAUUGGCCGUUUGACGAUGGUGAUCCACCUCCAAGCAAAAUUGUGGAUGAUUGGCUUAAUUUGCUUAAAACUAAGUUUACCGAACAGCCUGGUAGCUGUGUAGCAGUCCAUUGUGUUGCUGGCCUUGGGCGGGCUCCUGUAUUGGUAGCAGUUGCUCUUAUCGAAAGUGGAAUGAAGUAUGAAGAUGCAAUUCAAUUCAUCAGACAGAAACGAAGAGGUGCCAUCAACAGCAAACAACUCUUAUACUUGGAAAAGUAUCGCCCAAAGAUGAGACUUCGAAUCAAGGCCCAUAAUAAUCACAAGAACAGUUGCGCCAUCGUAUGAAUUUGACACAUUCAGCCAACAUGGUUUACAGUGAUUUUUAUAAAAAAAAAUAAAAUGCCAUUGGGUUUCCUGUCUUCAAAUCCAAUUGGAUGUUUUUUUUUCUGCCUUUAGUAACUUGAAUAUUUAUUUAUACAAAAGUCACCAACUAGAAGGAAAUACAAUUAUUUUUGGAAGCUUAUUGACUCUGGCUAAAAGUUGUAAGAAUGUUUGCCAAAAAGAGGCAGGCUAAUACUUCACAUUUUAUAUAUGCCAUUUUAGAAAAAAAAGUCCCCCAGGAUGUUUGAUCUGUAUGGCUUGUAAUCAAAUAGCAAUUUUGUGUGUUGACCUGAAGAAUAUGGAGCUGGGAAAUAAUUGUAAAUAGGAUGCAAAUUGACUUAAAUAUUAGUGGUCUAUUGAUUGACUGGUAUAGAUAUUCUGGUGAAACAUUGUUUUUUGUCCUGGAAAGUUGAAUUGAUGUCAUUGAUAAAGUGCUACUUUAAUGCCUAAAUUCACCUAAUGCAGAUGAUCAUUUGCAGUCAUAUAGGCCAUGUUUUGUGCCUGAAGGCAGUUUGGUUUCUAGAAUACAACACUUCCUUAUCUUUUCUAAAUAAUAACUGUACCAGCUAAUAACCAGUAUGUUAAUGUUUCUGUUAGUGUUGCAGCCAUUUUUUUAUUGGGGAGGGUUGUUCCACAAACAUUUUUUUCCCUGCUUCACGUGGAUUUUGUCACUAAUUGUGUGCUAAUCCUCAAUUAGAGAGUAACUUCCAAUAAUUUGAAAGGUUACUGAAGGCUUGUCCAAGCUCAGGAGAAAGGGGAGAGGAAAAGAGUUUUUUAGAUUUUGACUGUUCCAGACACAAGAAAAGAUUUUACAUAUUUGUCCUAAAAUGUAGUUCUAUCUGUUUGAUAGGAUUUGAUAAGCAGAAGCCUGUUACAGGUAGACAUUUACUAUACCUUUUGAGCUGGUGGUAAAGUGCACAAUGCAAUUAGACAUCAUUUUCUAUAAGCAAAGUUUGUUUGCAGAUGAGUACUGAACAUAAGUCCAUUGUUUUCUUUUAAGUACAAAGGGAUGUUUAAACACAUAGCAAGUUUAUCAAUAUCCCAAGAUCUGCAGUAGAACUCAUCCUUUCAGAGAUCAAGCAGCAUUGGAAUUCACUGAGUGCAUUCACACUGCAAGUGUAGUGUUAGUGAUGAGUAGUUUUACAACCCUAAUUCAAUCUCAGUCAACAUCAGAGUGGAGUGAUGAUCCCUGGAAGAAGUUCACUCCAUUGUACAGGCCUUUACAACCAAUUUAGACUUCACGGUUAAUAUUGGUGAGAAAAUGAAGCCUGUUUGCACUGAAACUAAACUUGUCCUCUGAAUGCCACGUAAAUAAAGCUUUAACUUGUUCUCCAGGUGUUAUUGUGGUUAAGAGUAACUUUUUGAUAAAUGAGAAAACAUGUAAACUAGUCUUUCUAAUAGGUUAACCUCUGGAUGCAUCUGGGAAAUAGUGAAAUGCCCACAUCUGUUUCUGAAGACAACCUAUAAUUUGCAAAUGCUGAGGAAUGCCUCAUGUAGGAAGUCAAAUGGGCAUUUAAUGUGCUCACUUUUGUGCCCAUGCCAUCAGAUUAAUUUUUAUCACUCUGGGUUGGUUAUGUUGUGCAUGGUGAAAGAAAGCUAUGUGAAUGAAUCAAACCUCUAUAUCAGAUAUACAUCUCCAUAAUAGUACUGCUAACUAAAGGAUUAAUUAGUCCUUUCCAGUGAGGUCAAUCAUAGGGCAGUAAAAGUUUGGUUUAUUGUAUAUCCACAUUAAAUUAAAAUUGUGCCACCUCUCCGUGAACCGUGCUGUUUGGAAGUUGGAGUAUUGGCUGUUUGAAUAUUACAAACAGGUCCAGUCAAUUUAGAUCAAUGGGAACAAAAACAGAUUGUGUGAAACAUGGCAGAUUUGCUCAAUUUUCUGAGUUACAAUUAUAUUUUUUACCUCAGGAUAUAGGUAAUGUCCAACAAUAUUUUGUGUGUAAAUUUUGUAACUUUAAUGUCAAAAAUUUGGGUUUAGAGAUUUGGUCUUUAGCUCCUGUUUUGUUGGGCUCUAAAUGACCUUCUAAGCCUCUGAUACAUUUGGUAGAAAGUGCACAUUUGUAUAUUGGUAAAGGUCAAAAAAUCAACAGCCCAAUAUUUGGUGUGCCUGCAAUAAUAAAUCACAUUUUAGACCUGCAAUAAUAACUCAGAUUUUAGACCUACUAUAUGGUGUGAUGGUUGGUUGCACAAGAAGUUGAUACAUUAAGUUACAACACACAAUGAUGGUGGAUUGGAGAUUCAAACCUCCAAUUGCUGAGUUUUUGAGAUAGAUAAAUAGAUAUGUAUUUAUGUCUUUCCUUCUCUCCUGUCAACACCUAGUGUGCAAUAGAGACCCGUUCUGGUACACAUCAUAAUGUCCAGGCAGUGACACUGGGCAAUCAUCCAACAUGCCCUUUGGCAACAGUCAGUGAGAUACGUAUGAGUUAAGAACUCCAUUCCUCAUGAGGGAAAGGCCAUGUUAUAUCAUUGUAGUAUUUGGUAUAAUCUCUUCUACAAUAUUGCUAUGGUAAUAAAAGUAUCAACAAUUAUGAUCAUUAAAAAA